CUCCCACUGUCCCGAGCGCAUUUUGGCCUCCUGCCCCGCAGCCCUCCAAGCCAGUGCGCCGGCCGAGCAGUCACAGCCGCCGCGAUGUGGGCCGUCCUGCCGCUGCUCUGCGCGGGAGCCUGGCUCCUGGGCGCCCCGGCUUGCGGCGCCGCCGAGCUGGCCGUGAACUCUUUAGAGAAGUUUCACUUUCAAUCAUGGAUGGUGCAGCAUCAAAAGAAAUACAGCUCAGAGGAGUACCACCACAGGCUGCAGGUGUUUGCCAGCAACUUGAGGGAGAUCAACGCCCACAACGCCAGGAACCACACAUUUAAAAUGGGACUGAAUCAAUUUUCAGACAUGAGCUUUGAUGAAUUAAAACGCAAGUAUCUUUGGUCAGAGCCUCAGAAUUGCUCAGCCACCAAAAGUAACUACCUUCGAGGUACUGGUCCCUACCCAUCCUUCAUGGACUGGCGAAAAAAAGGAAAUUUUGUCACACCAGUGAAAAAUCAGGGCAGCUGCGGCAGCUGCUGGACCUUCUCCACCACCGGGGCCCUGGAGUCGGCUGUCGCCAUAGCAACGGGGAAGUUGCCCUUCCUGGCUGAGCAGCAGCUGGUGGACUGCGCCCAGAACUUCAACAACCACGGCUGCCGAGGGGGUCUCCCCAGCCAGGCCUUCGAGUACAUCCGGUACAACAAGGGCAUCAUGGGUGAAGACACCUACCCCUACAGGGGCCAGGUAACUCGGGCAGCCUGGUCUCCGUCUUCUUGGUCUGCAGGGCCCCCCAGAGCCCCCUAUCUCUUUUCUCCCAACCUGGGUUCCAUCUUCUUGGUCUGCAGGGCGCUCCAUCUCUAUUCUCCCAGCCUGGGCUCUGUCUUCCUGGUCUGCAGGGUGCCACAUCUCUGUUCUCCCCGCCUGGGCUCCAUCUUCUUGGUCUGCAGGGCCCCCCUGGGCUCCCCCCAUCUUUGUUCUCCUAGCCUGGGCUCCAUCUUCUUAGUCUGCAGGGCCCCCAUUUCUGUUCUUCUCCCAGCCUCAGGACACACCCCUCCCCUGCACCCUCUUGAGGACUCCUACUCCCUCCUGAAUUCUGUGUUGUCUCUUCAUGUUCACUCCUUCGCCUCCUCUGUUUAUCUGAGCCCUGGUGCUCAGCUGUCCUGGGGCCUCUUCGCCCUGUCCAUGGCAGCACCAUCUCUGCUCAUGGCCUGGCCCGCACCUCCUGCCGAGGGUGCACGAGAAUGCCAUCUAUGGGCUUCUACACUCCGUAUCCAUGUAGACAGUGCUCCUGGGCCUAGGGCCUCCCCUCUCACCUCAGCCCCGCCUGUGCAUGGCCGGGCACCUUGACUUUCCCCCAAACCCAGGACUCUCCUCCGGUGUUGCCCCUCCUAGAAAUGGGAGGCACCACCUUUCCCGAAAACCUCUUGGCUACCUGUGUCCCUUUCUCAGGGCAGUCCCCCUGCCCAGACCCUCCCCCCGCCAGAGACCUUCUUGCUUCUGCUCCUUGGUCUGUCCUAUGUCCCUUCCCCCACUCAGCCCUUGGUCCCCCUUCAUCCUGGAUCCCCAAGGGUGGUCUGUCCUGGGGCCACUCUCCCCCAGGGGCUGCCAGAGAGGCCUCUCAGACUAAGCUCUGGGUACACUCAGUUCAGAACUCUUCAAAGGCUUCCCAGGGCCUGCAAGAUAAACUCCAGACUCUCCAGCCUGCCUUCCAAGUCCCUCUGCCUGAAUCUGUCUGCCCAGUCUUGUCUUUGACUUCACUCUCUCCUUGGAAACCUUCCGCUCCCGCCCAGCCGCUUGCUGCUACCUAAACUUCAGGUCCUGCGUUGUCAUCCUGCCUGUCUCUCCGUCUCAGAGGGGCUUGCUCUUCCCUGCACGUGUCCUGCCUCUUGUUGGUCAUCUUCCCUGGACUGUCACUGGGCCUCCCUCCCCUGCCGUGCAGGCUCUUACUGGGUUCCUUUUCUUGGCAAGCCUCCUUGGACUGGGUCAGGCCCCUUCCUCGUGCUUGCACCUCUGCCAAAGCCAGCAUGGUCUCCUCCCACUGGACUGUAACGUCCUCAGGGACAAGGAUGCCUCUGAUUCUCUCCUAAGUGAUCCCCCUCACCCAAGUUCUGGUACCUGUAGCUUUUGCUUUGUCAAUGUUAUCAAAUUGCACAGGGUGGCGAGGGCGGGGUAAGCAUCCCCAACCUGUAUCCCAUGACCUUUGCCCCCUGAACAGGAUGGUGACUGCAAGUACCAGCCCAGUAAGGCCAUUGCUUUUGUCAAGGACGUAGCCAACAUCACACUG